AUGAAUAAUAAAUUUGAUUCAGUCUCGUAAAUUCAUCAGGAUUCUUAAAAAAAUAGUCUUGUAUCUAAUAUGUUAAUUACUAAGUCGCAAAAGUCAUAAUUUAAUAAAUUAAUUGAAUCUCAUGAUAAUGGAACAACAAUAUUAUAAUUUGAAAUUCAAUUAAGAGGAGGAGGCUGUGGAUAAGCUAAGUCUAUUCCAAAAGUUGAAGAAAAAUUAAUUAUUGGCGUACCCAAUGAUUUAUUGAUUAAACUAGAAAAUUAUGUUAGCAUAAUUCAUACUAAAGCUUCACUUUUAACUGAUCCUUAACAGAGAAAUGAAGUAAUAAUUGCAUUUUAAUGGUUUAUGUAUAAUAGAGAACAUUUAAAUACUUGUUGUGUUAACCAAAAUUUAACCUAAUCAAUAUAUACAAUAUCAUUGAAUUCUUUUAGGGAUUUGAUAAAAAUUCUUCCUGUUCAUUUACGAUCUUCAUGGUUUUUAUGCUAUUAGGUUCUUUAAAUAUGUAAUGACUUUUUGAGAAUUAUAUAUUCAUUCUAAAUACAAAAUGAUGGUAGAGAAAUGGAAUUAGCUAUGCAAUAAGAAUUUCUUUAAGAUGUAGAGGAAUUUAAGGUAUAAUUGAGUAUUGAAUAAGCAAAUGUAUGGAAUACAGGAAUAGAAUAUGAAAUUACUCUCAUUAAAAUAAUGUUAAUGAAUUGUCAAACCAAUUCAGAAGAAGGAAAAAAUUUAUUAAUAAAUAUUGUUAAUAAUGUCGCUUAAUCAGCUUUGGCAAUGUCACCUACUGAAGACUUAAUCCCAAGUCUCAUUGAAGGAGCUAAAUUUUUAUUUUUAUAAUAUAAAGACAAAGUAUUAUAUCCUUAAGAGGUGUAUGCUACUUAUUAUUUAUUCCAAAAUCUUAAAUGGUCUAUUGUAAGACUAUUAAAAUCUUAGCAUUCAGUCUACAACUAAUUGAAAUAUCUAAAAGAUGCAUUUUAAUAAUACAUUCUAAAUUCAGAUAAUUGGAUCAUUCAUUUUAGUUGGAUAUAAAUGAUAAUAGAAAUUUUAGCUUAUAGACCUAUUCUUGAUAAAUCUGAAAUCGUUAAAGGUCCUCCAAUAGAAUAAUAAUCAAUGUGGAAUAAUUUAAUUGAAAAUAACUUAAUUCUUAGUCUUCCAUAUAAUAGGAAUUAAGGGUCCAUAGUGUUAUUUCAAGAUCAAGUAAAAUAUCUUAACAAAGAAAUAAAGAAUGUAAUGGAAUAAUAGUGUAUUCCUAAGUUUAAAUUUAUUUCAGAGUCUCUUAUAAAAGGUUAAUUUUCUCAAUAAAUUAAUAUUUGGAAUUUCUAUAAAGACUUUAGUUUUAAAAAAAAGUAAGAAAUUAGUAGAAAGGAUUAUGAAAUAGUUUUAGAAAAUAGUGAUUUAUUAUUUAUAGAGAAGUAAAUUGAAAGAUUUAAUUCUUAGUUAAAUGGAUUAGUGCUUCUUUAUUCAUAAAUCUAAGAAUCUUUUACUGAUUAUUUUACCUAAGAGUUUAAGACAUCGCUUUAAAUCAAAUUACUAUAAGAUGAUUAUAAUGUUUUUGCAAAAUAAUUUUUGGAUGGAUAUAAAUAGGCCAUAUAUUAUCUACUUUUAUAAUAGAAAGAUCUACUAUUGAAUUUGAAAAAUUGA